ACGAAAACGUCUGAACCAGUUAUUAUUAUUAUUAUAGCAAUUCAACUGUGGAUAGAGGAGCUUAGGUAAUUCCAAAGGGCAUUAAAUAUUAAGGCAGACAGAAGACCGAACGUUUCCCACCGGAUUUCGUUUGCAGUAGCCUACCCUAAUAAUACAUUUUUAUUUCUGUCCAUUUAGUCACAUAUUCCUGGUACUGUCCAUGUGUAGGCGAGUAGCCUAACCAUUGGUAAUUACUGAAAAAUGAAUUGCACACAGGACGAAUCUAGCCGUGCGUUUUUUCUAACCCACGUGUUUAUUCAUGUAUCAUAGUUUCUUCUUCCGUGUUUUACAUGAAUGUGGCAGACACCCUGCGCCUUCGUGCGUCUGUUUUAUACCGCACUGAUGUCACGGUAACAACAACAGCGCGUGCACUAAGGAAUGGAAGAAGGGGAGUUCAAAGCGUUUGCUUCUAUAAUGGAUGCAUUGGUUCGCAUAAGUUCCAAUAUGAAGAGCAUGGAGAGGGAGCUGCGGUGCCCGGUGUGUACGGAGCUGGUGAAGCAGCCCAUCGUCCUGCCCUGCCAGCACAGCGUGUGCCUCCUGUGUGCCUCCGGGGUCCUGGUCCAGAACGGCUACCCGGCCCCGGACCUCCCGCCCGAGCCCAACUCGCCCGCCUCCACCCCCAACACCCGCUCGCCCCGCCAGGCCCGCCGGCCCGCGCCCAAGGCCGACCGCGUGGACCGCGUGCUCCGCGCCGGAUUUGGGACGUACCCAGGGAGGAGGCGCAAGGAGGGCCCUCCCCCCGUCGUGCUGUUCCCCUGCCCGCCCUGCCAGAGGGAGGUGGAGCUGGGGGAGAGGGGGCUGGCCGACUGCCUCCGGAACCUCACCCUGGAGCGCAUAGUGGAGAGGUACCGGCACACGGUGAGCCUGGGCUCGGUGGCGGUCAUGUGUCAGUUCUGCAAGCCGCCCCAGGCCCUGGAGGCCACCAAAGGCUGCGCCGACUGCAGGUCCAGCUUCUGCAACGAGUGCUUCAAGCUGUACCACCCGUGGGGGACGCCCCGCGCCCAGCACGAGCACGUCCUGCCCACCCUCAACUUCAGACCCAAGGUUCUGAGCUGCCCGGAGCACGAGCAGGAGCGCCUGCAGUUCUACUGCAAGUCCUGCCAGCGGCUGCUGUGCUCCCUGUGCAAACUGCGCCGAGCCCACACCGGGCACAGGGUCACGCCCGUCGCCCACGCCUACCAGACGCUCAAGGACAAGAUCACCAAGGCGAUUAACUACAUCCUGGCCAAUCAGGACACUGUCCAGGCCCAGAUGACUCAGCUAGAAAAUGCCAUCACACAAACGGAGGUGAACAGUGGCUCGACGCGGGACCAGCUGGCCCGGUGCGUGCGGGAGCUGGGCGCGGCGCUGGACGAGCGGCAGGGGGCGCUGGGCCAGGCGGUGGAGGGGGCGCGGCUGCGGCGGGUGGAGGCGCUGGCGGCCCAGGUGACAGAGAGGCGGAGCCUGCUGGAGCACGCCGGCCUGCUGGCCUUCUCCCAGGAGCUGCUCAAGGAGACCGACCCGCCUUGCUUCGUCCAGGCCGCACGCCUCACACACAGCAGGCUGACAAGGGCCGUCGAGUCGCUCCAGUGCUUCUCCCUCGCCGCCGACCCCUCCUUCCGACACUUCCAGCUGGACGUCUCCAGGGAGCUGAAGCUGCUCGGCAACAUGGACUUCAUCCGCGCGCCAUUGGCCCCUGUGAUUGACACCCAGCGCACCCUGGCCUACGACCAGCUCUUCCUGUGCUGGCGGCUGCCUCAGGACUCCGCCCCCGCCUGGCACUUCUCCGUGGAGUUCCGCCGGCGCGGGGCGGGGCUCCGGGGCGGGAGCGGGAUCGGGGGCGGGGUCAGGGGCCGGGCCGGCGCCGGAGGGGGCCGCGGGGGGUGGCACCGGCUGGAGGAGGUGGGCGGGACCAGCGCGGUGAUUGACAGGCUGGAGAUGAACAGCGUGUACGUCCUCCGGGUGAGGGGCUGCAACAAGGCCGGUUUCGGGGAGUACAGCGAGGAGGUGUACCUCCACACCCCGCCCGCCCCAGUGCUGAGCUUCUCUCUGGACCCGCGUUGGGGUCCGCACGCUGAGCGCUUGGUGCUCAGUAAGGAGCAGCGCUGCGCCCGCAGCGUGCCCGGCCUCUCCCUCCUGCAGGCGGCCGACCGCGCCCUCACCUCCUGCCACCUCACCGCCGACCUGCUGGUGGGCGACAUGGCCGUCACCCAGGGGCGACACUACUGGGCGUGCUCAGUGGAGCCCGGGUCCUACCUGGUCAAGGGGGGGGUGGGUCUGGAAGCUCGGCUGCAGGAGUGGUUUCAUCUGCCUCAGGACAUGCCCAGCCCCCGCUACGACCCCGACAGCGGCCACGACAGCGUUGCCGAGGAGAUGCUGGAGUCUCCGCCCCCCUUUGUGUUCCUGACCGUGGGCAUGGGCAAGAUCUACCUGCCGCAGAUGGUGAACUCCAACCACUGUUGCCCCGGCGACCCCGCCGGCCUGCGUGACCCCUCCGCUAACCUCAACAGCGGCGCCCCCUCGCCCCUGGGCCUCACCGUCCCCCUGCCCCCCCGGCUCGGGCUCUGCCUGGACGUGGAGAAGGGUCGCGUCACCUUCUACGACGCCCACUCCCUCCGGCCCCUGUGGGAGGGGCCCGUGGAUUGCUCCGCCCCCGUUUGCCCGGCGUUCUGUUUCAUUGGCGGAGGGGUGCUCCAGCUGCAGGAGCUGGUGGCCAAUCGGAAUGCGGAGCUUCCCCAGGCCAGAAGGGUCACCAUCCAAUCGUGUGGGAGCAACUGAGAGAAGUUGUCUGCAUAACUGAAUUAAACGUGCAUUAAGCUAUUUUCAUUAGCCGAACAACACGUAAAUAUGAAUCACGAAUAUGAAUAUGAAAGUUUUUUUUUUUACUUUGUCAAGAAGAAAUAGUUUGCUUUUUAUAUAAUCAAAUUAGAAAAUUGAAAUUUAUUUUGUAAUAUUGUUGUUCAUAUUUUCCAUUUACACUAAGCCUAUAGCUUUGGUUGGCAGUUGCCAGUCACGUUUAUGCGAAUAUAUUUAAACUGUGAAUGACUCAGUAUAACUUAAUACGUAUAUUCUGGCUAAGUAUGGAGUUUAUCUGUAUAAGUGCAAGACUGCAUAACCAAGGAAAUUCAAAUUUCUGAAUGAUUUUAUUGUUUUACUUAGGCCUGUGCCUCUGCAGUAGAGCCAUUUUGUACUCAGCUGCUCGUGAAGGAAGACAGAUGAUGGCUCGUUCUUAAACCAAUCCGCUCGCCUCAUUUGUGUUUUACACAAGAAGGACGAGGUCGGCAUCUUUCAAAGACUGAUAGUUUAUUAUGUUCACUCAAGUAUUCUGACUGUUGACUAUAAUACAGGGAUAUACAGCCUUUACAAAUCAUAUGCAAAUGGAAAAACGUAUGAGAACUCUUAUUGGAACUGUGUUCAUGUCUAAUUUUAUUAUUAUUAUUAUUAUUAUUAUUAUUCGAGGCAUGGGAAGAGAGAACAAUAUUACUAUUUAGUAGUGUUAUUUUAAUAGGUUGCCAAUGAACCUGUACAACUGUCAGGAAAGAUUCACCUUUUACUGUAGUGAACAGUGUGUGUGUGCAUGUGUUUUUGCGUUUGUGUGUGUGUGUGUGUGUGUGUCUGUCUAUGUCUGGGUGUGUGUGUGUAUGUUCAUAUGUAAAAAAAAAUCAGUGGGAGAAAGCAAGUGGCACAAUUAAAAUAGAGCCAAUGUUUCAAUUAUAUAACUGCAUAGAGCAAAAAACGCAUAAGUCAGCUUUAUUCAGUCAAUAGUCAGGAACUGUACUCAGCUUGAGCUUGGUACAGUGCAUCUACAUAAACACAGGAGAUUACAGCGAUUCAGGUGUGUGUGUAUGUGUGUGUGUGCGUGUGUGUGUGUGUGUGUGGAACUUAAAACCUGAAUGCCCCAGACAGUUUUAUUCUUUGCAACUAAGUUUAUUAUUAUUAUUAUUAUUAUUAUUAUUAUUAUUAUUAUUAUUAUUAUUAUUAUUAUUAUUACUACUAUUAUUGUUGUUGUUACUACUACUAUUACUACUACUGCUACUACUAACAAUAAUACUAAUAAUAAUAUAAUAAUAAUAAGGAAUGUUUUAAGGAAUGGAAUUGGUUUUAUUAUAUAAACCUGCAGUGCUACACGGGAAUGACUAUCUUUUUGUUGCUAUUUAUUUAGACUCUGUAAAACCUAAAAUGAAAAGAAAAAUAAAGUCCAAAUAAGUGAACUCCCUAACCUGUCCCCGCAGGGUUGGUCUCUGCAGCUAGGAACUGCACGCAGCACACACUGGUGCAAUUUGUCUGUUUGGUACACGUCACAUCUCGAGAGCAUACCUCUGUGUUUCUAAUGACUAUGACACUGGGACCUUCUGUGGCAUCAAAACACUAGACUUGAUUCAUUACUACCUCACUGUAGAAGAAGCACUGUAGGUUGAUUUUUGCCUUUCUCGUUAAAACAAAUUCUGUGCACUGUUUUUACAGUAAAGGACAGAGACUUGCUUUUACACACUAGUCCAACACGCUGUGCAGUGUAGGCAUCCAGCCACGAUGCAAGGUUCUAGAAGGCCUUCUCUGCUCAUUUCAACAAUGCCUCUGUAUCACCAGCAGGUGGCAGCAUUACAUGUAUUGACUGCAAGGAAAAUCGCGGUCUGCAAUGAAAUAUCCACUGGCAGGAUAGGCUUUGGCUAACGUCCGAAGUUGCCUGAACUGCAGUUGAAAUAGCAGUUGUCCUAAACAAUUCUCAGUCUAAAGCAGCUUAACAGAAUUUUCGGAAAUUGUGAUACUUUUUUUUAGUUGUGGUUAUGCAGCAGAUUGCAACAUAUUCCACCGAUGGAUUUUGUUGCAGCCUCAUUGUCACUGAAUGCCUUCUUUACUAAUCGAAAAGCUCAUCAACAGUUUGCAGAGACAAGUGUGUUUCAGAGAUUUAAUCACACACAGGGUUUAUUCAAGAACAGUCCAGAUGUGUUCAAUGAAUGAUAACAUUUGCAUACUUUGUACUAAGGAAACACAGCAAGUGGUCAUUUUCCACACAACAGACAAGUGUGCUUUUAAGUAUCUGUUACCUACCUUCUUUUUCAAAGAAGGAUGUACAGAUACCAUCAAAAAAGGUGUCCUUUGAUUCCAUUAAUGUCAUUUGGUUGGCCUA